CCCAGAGCAGCUGCUAUAAAGCAAGCAGUUCGGUGCCCCCGCCUUCUGGCCCCCGAUCUCGGCCUCCGAUAUUGCCGAGUGGAGGACCGAGUUCCGACGAGAAAUGGGGCUGGAUGAUAUUCCCGUUCUCAUCGAGAUCUCUUACCCAGUUGCAAACCAUUCAAAAGGGUCGGUCCGAGGAGCUGAAUCGAUCGCUGACAAGCGGAACGAGUGACCGGGCCGAACGAGAGCAGCUUCUCAUGAAGCAUGCAUGCGGUUUCAUCAGUAUCGAUAGGCGGAAACUCUCAAGUUUCCCACGGGUGUUAAAACAUCAUCGACACUUCGGGACAUUUAACGGGUCUCGCCGCUGCAAGGGUCCCACACCUUUUGAUGUCAUAAACUCGUCAUGCACGAGCUCUCAGUCGACUUACACAAAGUGCCAUGGUCGUGCCGUGGCUCAUACCUCUCCCUGUGCACUCUGGCAGGACCGGGGGGAGGCCAGUGUCCACACACUGACCUCUACUUGUCGACUCAUCAGAUUCCCAUCGGCAGACCCAUGUUUGCGCUGAGACCGUCAGUCGAAGAGCUUCCCCCGCCUCAGGGAUUUUUGACUACAGACUCACCGACCACGUUUGGCGCGAGUGCGGAUACUUUGCACUGGAAGCUCCAUGAUAGAACCGUAGCCGAGGCAGUCUUUCAAGACGCGAGAAUACUUCGCGUUCGGGGGACUAUCCCGCUCAAUCUUGACACGGAUGCCUCGGUCCUAGGGGGCGGAUAUUCCUCCUACAUCGCACCGGUUCAGAGCCGACACAAGCUUCCGAGUAUGCUCGAAUUUACGACCUUUGGCUACCAGGGGAUGUAUCUUGUCGCACUCAAAGGCGAAUUCACGUGCGUCAACAUUCUGACCGCCGACGAUGGGAAUCGUAGGAUCACCAUCAAAUCCAGCGAGGGGGGAGACUGGGAGUUGGCCAUUAUCGAGCGUGAGACGAGUCUGGUUUCUGAUGAGGGCUCAGAGCGAUUCGAAACCCUGCCCGACGUGGUUGCGGCACUAUCGACCGUCUGCUUUGAAGACGUCAAGUCGCACGCUCAUGCACGUUUCAGCGAAUACGCUAAAGCGCUCCUGCCUUGGACCAGCAAUGCCUCGUCGACCGAGACAUAUGCCGCCUUUGCCAUGUGGACCUCGACUGUCCGACCCAUGGGUCUACUGAAGCGUGAGGGCGUACUCAUGUCCAAACUCUGGAUGGACAAGAUUUGGUCAUGGGACAAUUGUUUCAACGCCGUCGCUCUGGCAUCGCUAGGUCUACGCCCAGCCCUGGACAAUAUCUUGAUUCCAUACGAUUUUCAGACCCCACAGGGACGCCUUCCAGACUCAGUCACUCAGUGCGAGAUUUUGUACGACUUUGCUAAACCUCCUAUCUACGGCUGGGCGUUGUUCAAGAUACAAGAGGUUGCAAAGAUUGACAGAAGGAGUCUCGAGCCGCUAUACGAAAAGGUCUCUCGCUUUACAAAUUUUUGGCUGGUCAAUCGGACCAGUUCCCAUUCUGAGCUCUGUCAUUACAUCCAUGGGAACGAUUCAGGGUGGGACAAUGCGACCUGCUUCGAUGAAGAUCCAGUCAUCGUGUCUCCCGACCUAGCGGCAUUUCUCAUUAUACAGGCUGACUGGCUGGCAGUCACUGCGGCAAAUCUCCGCAGGGGGAACGAGUCUGAACAAUGGGUCUCCACCCGCGAUCGCCUGGCGCAUGACCUCGUCGAUGAGCUCUGGACAGAUGACGGUUUCGUGGUCAAGUCAGCUCGAACGGGAAAGCUGAUCAAGAGCAGCUCGCUUUUGACACUGAUCCCUCUCGUGGCGGCCCCUUAUCUCCCCAAGCCUAUCGUGACCCGGAUGGUGGGUCUGCUGGACCAGUUUACGACACAGCACGGUCUAGCAACCGAGGCUCUCGAUUCGCCCCUAUACGAGCCCGAUGGCUACUGGAGAGGUCCCAUUUGGGCUCCUGUAACGGCUUUGAUCGAGUCGGGCCUCCGCAAAAGUGGGCAUUUGGCCACAGCGGACACGAUCAGGGCAAGAUUCAUGGCGAUGUGUGAUGUUUCGGGUUUUGCAGAGAAUUAUGAUGCUCAGAAAGGAACGGGCAACAGGGACUCGUGCUAUACGUGGGCGGCGUCGGUGUAUCUGAUGUUUGCGAGGGAGGCAAUAUUCUGAUCUUGUCUUGAACGGUAUCCUGCCAUUGUUGUCUGAUUUGUACCAUACAUGAUAUCCAAGAGCAGCCCUCGUCAUAUAGAUGGACAGCCGCAU